UCUUCUCAUUGGUCAGAGCGGUACAGCAUGUGACGAGUCAGAGCAUUAAACUUUUCUGUCCGUUCCGCUCGCUUGACACAGACAGAGACACACAGUCAGGCUGUUUACUACAGCAUUCUGCUGCUUUACACAGAGCAAUUCCAAAGAUACAACAUGCAAACGACACAAAGACACUAGUUCAGAAAGAAAAGAUGGAGGACGUGGCCUCAGCCCCGGCUCUCGCAGGCCCGUCCCAGCCCACGUUCCCCCGCCCGUCGGCCUCCGAGCGCCGCAACCGCAAGUCCGGCACGGCCAACAUCUUCCAGGGUGUGAACCUGCGGCAGCUGAAGCGGCUCUUCCAGGCGGCGGGCGACCCGGACGCGGACCAGAGAGCCCGCAUGGUGUGGGGGAACCGGAGAGCAGAGGACGAGGGCGACCGGGAGGAGGAGGCGGAGGACGGAGGCAUGGCGGAGGUGGAGACGGGGCUGGCGCAGGCGCUGGUGGGGCUCAGGGUCCGAGCGAGGAACAGAAGCGGCCUCAGGGUGGAGUCUCAUAAAGACACCACGGGAACGAGAUGGGUCCGAGCGUUUGGACACCUCAGGAUCAACGAGUGCUCGCUGGGACCGGCGUCUGAAGUCAUAACCGGAGAAGAUAAAGACGACACUGAUAACGGUGAUCCGUCUGCUCUGGGAGCCUGUGGGGGACAGAGCCCUUCUGAGGCCGGGUCAUGUGAUCAAGGGGACUUCCCUGAGGAAGAGGCUCAGGCGCCCUCGGCUGGCCCUCGGUGGAGCUGGAACGCCGCCCCAGAGAAAGAUCCCGAACGCUACCUGCACCGGAUCCGGCACUGAUGCCGAGAGCGGGAAGUGGAGCAGUGUGGGAUUACCGAACGCGUUCAAUCAGAUUACAGCCUGAGAGACUCUCCGCCAGCGCAGAUUUACUUGAAGCUGCCGCCUCAAUCAAACACUAGUCUUAAUCGAGCAACGGUGAACACUACAGCACCUGACACUAACAAUA